AAAGAGGCGGGUCCCGCGCUGCCCGGAUCCUGCUGGGGUGGUUCCGUUGUCGGGUGCUGGUGGGAGCGCGGUCCCGGGGCCUUGGGAGACGUUGGCGGCUGAGCGCUGCGAUUGGAGCUGUGGUGUGGGUCGUGAGGAGCAGCUGUGUCUGUGCUCUGGUGUCUGCUGGGUGCGGUCCUGGUGCUCGGUGAGGGGUCAGGUAGGGAGCCCGGCCGGGGGAGGUGUGGGGUCGGUCGGUAGAGCCCUGCUGGGGCAGCCCCGGUACCCGGAGCCUCGUAGGUUGAGCAGUGCCCUGUGAGGAGGCUGCUGGCUGCAGCCCUGCUGCCUGGUUGGGAGCCCAACAGACGGGAGCUCAGUCAACUGAGCCCCAGUGCCAGCCCUAAUGCUCAGUUAGGCACUUGCUUCUUGUAGCCCUAGUGCAUGGUUAGGAGCCCUGAGCAGGGAGGAGGCCGGAUGGUUGAGCCCCCGUGACUCCCAGUUCUAGUGCAAGUAAGCAGACUGCUGGUUGCAGCCUCAGUGCUUGGUAGCUGGAGCUCAAGUGCUGGGCAAGGGGCAGGUUUGCUUGAGCCCCAGUGCCCAGUAGGGGGUCUGUCUGUAGAACGCUGCUGGGUGCUGCUUGUGGCCCCGGUGCUUGGUUGGGAGUCUGCUUGGUUGAGCCUUAGUGCCCACCAGUACUAGCCCUGCUGCCCAGCAAGCAGCCUGCUGGCUGCAGCCCAGGUGCUGGGUGAGCAGCAGGUUGGCUGAGGCCUGGUGGCUGCAGCCCCAGUACCCGGUCCAGAUCCCAUCGCAGAGCCUGCUUGUUAAGCCCCAGUGCCCGCUGUGCCAUGCCGUGCCGCCGAGAGAUGCUGGCGCUGGCAGCUGUGCUGGGCUGGCUGCUGGUGCUGCUGCUGGACCUGCGGGUGCUGGCACUGCUAUGCGGGACCGCGGCGGUGCUGGGCGGCUGGUUGGGCCCGCGAGCUCUGGGCAGGCCGGGCCGGCGGCUGCGGCUGGAGCGCUUCGCUGGAUCCCUGCGGCCAGCACCAUCCAGCCCUGAGGCGGAGGAGCAGCUGGAGCGGGAGAUCAGCAGCACCAUCAGGAAAGUGGUGCGGGACUUCGUCUCCUCCUGGUACUGCACCGUCAGCAGCGAGCGUGCCUUCGAGGCCGAGGUGGAGAAGGCCAUGGCGGGGCUGGCGGCCGAGCUGAGGCGGCGGAUGGCGCGGGUGGAUCGCCAGGCCCUGGCCCGCCGCCUGCUCCUGCUGUGCGGCCACCACCUGCAGAGCUACCUGCAGGCCGUGCGGCGUCACGGGCCUCUGUGGCAGGAGUACCGCCAGAUCGCAGGCCUGCACCCGGCCCUCUGCAGCCCGGCAGCUGAGGUGAGCUACGCCCGUGCCUCUGUGGAGCUGCUGCUGCGGGCGCUGGUGCCUCAGCCCCACCUGGAGACACGGACGGGUCACUUCGUGGUGGUGGAGCUGGUGGCCUGCAAUGUGCUGCUGCCUGCCGUUAGGAAGAUGGCUGACCCUGACUGGAUCAACCUGCUGCUGGUCGGGGCUUUCCCCAGGAAGCCCCAGGGUGAGGAGCCCAGCCCUGCAGCUCCAGUGCCAAACUCUCUACCCCUCACAGUGCAGCCGAAUGUUGCCCCAGCAGUGCUGCUCCCAUCCCCAUCGCCCGGGCGAGAGGCAGGGGCUGGUGGUGAGGACGGCGUGGAUGUGGCAAGUGAACCACGCCACAGUGAGGGGCCUGUCCUGCGGCCACGAGGCCUGGGCUCGCUGUUCCCCUAUGAGGGUUUGGAGCUGGACUCUCCAGGCCAGGACAUGGAGCUGCUGGCACCAUCACCUGCCGGGGAGUUUCUCGAUGAGCCUAUGCUCGAUGUUCCCACUGUGCUGGAGGGAGCAGACACUUCAGAGGAUGGGAUGGGGGACCUGGAGGAUGGCCAUACCACCAGCAGUGAUGCUGGUCUGCUUCUCCCCACUGCUUUUGCUCUGGGUUCCUGCCCUGAUAUCCAGAUCGAUCCAGCCGUGGAGACGGAGGAGGAGAGCCCCCAGAAGCCCUCCGUGCAGCGACCCUGCAGCUUGGGGAAGGAACUGGGGGCAGCAGAGGCUCCACUACAAAGCCCCUCAGACCCUGGGCAGCCCAUUCCCCUGCUCUCAUCUUCGCCAACCGCUCCCAUCAGCACCUUCAGCUUUGAGCCCCUCAGCAGCCCUGACGGGCCCGUGGUCAUCCAGAACCUGCGUAUAACUGGCACCAUCACUGCCCGUGAGCACAGUGGGACCGGCUUCCACCCCUACACCUUGUACACUGUCAAGUAUGAGACAGCCCUGGAGGGUGAGGGUGCAGGCACCCUUCAGCAGAUGGCCUACCACACUGUGAACCGCCGCUACCGGGAGUUCCUCAACCUGCAGACCAGGCUGGAGGAGAAACCUGAGCUUCGCAAGUUCCUGAAAAAUAUCAAAGGACCAAAGAAACUGUUCCCUGAUCUCCCAUUUGGAAAUAUGGACAGCGAUAAAGUGGAAGCCAGAAAAAGCCUGCUGGAAUCUUUCUUGAAGCAAUUGUGUGCAGUCCCUGAGAUUGCAAACAGUGAGGAGGUGCAGGAGUUCCUCGCUCUGAACACUGAUGCCAGGAUUGCAUUUGUCAAGAAGCCCUUCGUUGUCUCCAGGAUAGACAAGAUUGUUGUCAAUGCCAUUGUGGACACCUUGAAGACAGCGUUCCCCAGGUCGGAGCCCCAGAGCCCCACAGAGGAUCUUAGCGAGUCCGAAGUGGAUGGGAAAUGUCAGCCAGAUGGGAAGAAGGCAAACAAGUCCAGGCUGAGGUUCCCAUCCAGCAAAAUCACACCAGUGCUGAGUGUGAGCGAAGCACACGACAGGAUUGUGUACUCUGUGAGGGAGGGCAGCGCUGUCUCCGGCACCCUGUCACUGGCUGCUAUGGAGUCCUUCAUCCAGAAGCAGGAGAAGCUGCUGGAGGCAGUCCCCAGCAAAGCUCCUGAGGGCGAGGGGAGCAGAGAAGCCAAGGAAAGAUCUGUGCAGGAGGAUGCAGAUGGGCUGAGCACAUCAGAGCAGGGAGCGCAUCUGGACAUGGACACAGACUCUGAGACUGCUUUGGCUGACCUGGCCCUGGACUUGUUGCGUUUGCUGCUGAUGGAUCACUGGAGCUGGCUGGGCAUGGAGAACAUCCAGAAGGUCUUCCACCUGCUCUUUGGGACCCUCAUUCAAAGGUGGCUGGAAGUCCAAGUGGUCAACCUGACCUGCACCCAGCGCUGGGUGCAGUACCUCCAGCUGCUGCAGGAGUCCAUCUGGCCUGGAGGAGUUCUACCAGAAGUGCCCAAACCAGCCAGGACAGAGGAACAGAAGAAAGCAGCUGCAGAGCAGGCCCUGCAGAGCCUGAUGGGGAUCUUGCCUAAUGUGGUCCAAGAAAUCCUUGGAACUGACAAAUGUCGCAUGAGCUGGAGCCUGGUGCUGGAGUCCUUGGGCCAUCCUGUUAUAAACAGGCACCUGGUUUUCUGCCUCUUGGACAUUCUGCUGGAGUUCUUGGUUCUGAAGGGCUCCAGUGAUGAGCUGGAGACUGCAGCUGUCAUGCCAUCUGACUGUAGUGGCCUGGAGAAAGCAGGCGGUGCAGCACAUUAACAAGGGCUGGUGUAGCCAGCAGUGAGGGAGAGAAGCCGCAGGCAUGGGAUGAUUUAAUUUUCAGUGCUUACUGAACAUGUCUGGGAGCUUCUUGUUAAGAAUUCUUCCAGCUGUAACUAAACGAGGCUGCUUCCAGGCUUCUCUGUUUUUGACUGGGUGAUGGAUUAGACCCAGUGUCAGUGGCUGAUGAGAUCUUUCUGCCAUGUAGUGUCUGUUCCAUUGCUGAGCUGGUGGAGAGCCUGAGCUGAAGAUUCCUGACUUCUGUGCAGCUGGAUGGUCUGAGAAGGAUGUGCAGGCUGCCCACAGAUGCUGCUGGGAUGUCAUGUCCUGCCCUCUGUGCCUGACCAGCCCUAAUGUACAAAGGCAGAUGGCACACAAGCUCUGUUUCUGUGACUUCAAGCUCCACCUGGCACUGGCAUGCAGAGACAUGGCAUGAUGGUAUCUAGCUGACAGGUGACAGGAAGGCCAAAUGCUGUCCCAGAAGCAGCCUGCCCCAUGCCAUCUGUUUCAGCAGAAGGAAGAUGGGGAGAGGAUGGAGCGAGGAGAUGUGACAUCAGCCCUCAAGUCAGACAGGAGCUCAUCCCCACAGCCCACGUGAUUGGGAAGUUGGAAGACAAGCUGUCUCUUUCCUGCUGCCACUAUGACACAGUCUUGUGUCAUAGGAGAAAAGGAGCUGACCCACGUGUGGCACGCAGCAAGUAAAUCAGCUCCUGCACAGCACUCAUCACAGCGAGCUCUGGGAGAGCAGUGAGCACUUCUGAGCCCAGGAGAAAUGCUGAACGUGUGCCAGGGGAUGUCAGCUGUUAGAUGGCCUUGAGAGCAGCACCUUACCUCUGUCAGACUGGUGACAGGGCAGAUGGACCAGGAAAAUGCUCACGAACAGACCUGUCUGUAUUUCUCCCAGGAUAUCAACCACCAAACUGACCAGUGCAGGACUCUGCAAAUCAAGGGGAUGCUGCUCCUGGUGCUUUCAACAGAUUAAAGUACUGAAAAGAGGAGGCAUUGCAAGAGGAAAGCAUGCAAGAUCUCAGCUAAUUUCCAUGUUACUGUACCAAGUGGUGCUUUUCAUGCAGUUUUUUGGAGCUCUGUGAUCAUGUAAUUCGAACGUGUGCACUGCUGACAGCAGAGCCUCUGCUCUUUCCAGAGACAGCUGCUUAAUGAUGGACACAUGGCUGUGUGUUUCUUCAUGCUUCUGGUGUGUAUGUGCCUGUGUUGUGCAAUAAAUACUGGGAAGGAGUAGCUUGGUGCCAGGAAGUAUAUUGUUAGGAAGUCCCCAGAAUAUCCCAAGACAAGGCACAAUGUAAUGAAUCAACACAGUUUUGCACAAUUUGAGCAGAUUCUCAGCAAUGACACUUCUGAAGUGGUAGAGUUGCCCACUUGUUUGGAACAGGAGGGAGCCACGUGUGUUAGAGAGCAUAAGAGCAGAUUAGACAACAUGUUGGAGAAUGUUCAUCAUGGGAUGAUUACGAAUGGCCAAGCAGCAGGUUGGUAAGCAGUGCUAUCUACUUGGAGUACCUUUUUCACCUUUUCCUUCACUGCCAGGCUUCUGUUUCCCUUCUUUCUUUCCUUACAGCUUCCAUUUAUUACAUCACCCAUCUUGAGGAGUGUGAGAAAGCAGUAGGACAAGGAGCUGUCAGCCAGGGAUGGGGCAAUGCACAUACACUGUUGUGCUUGGUGGCUUCCCAGUAGCUCAUGGUGUGCUUGCUUGCUAUUGCUUUCUCUUAAACUUAGUGGGAUUGGAGCACCAAGGCUGCAUUCUGUCAUUGAUUAGGGAUAUCAUUAAGUGUUUGCUGAGGAGAAUCAGUUAAAGAUAGACUGCAGUCUGCAGUCUACCAGCUCCACCUGAGGGCAGAGGCUGGCACAGUCCUUGCAAACACUGGAUGUGUCUUUGGAAGGACAAGGUUACACUUUUUGCCAGGAGGCUCUAAUAUGCCUUUAACCCUGACCUCUGGCACUAGGCAAGCAGCUCAAUAUUUAAUCCUCCUGAUGGAAAUAAUUUGUGGUUUCCGCUGGCGGGCUUGGAGGGACGUAGCUUGAGAGCUGGCACUUGGCUGGAAUGCUGUGACAAUGAUCUGUGGUUACACCAGGCGACUGCUUGGGGCACGUGUGUGUGCCCUGCACCCUUCAUGCAAAGCCUGCAUCUUGUGGGCUUGGUGCAGUAGUAACAUCCCCACUGUGUUCCCUGUUCAUUGCAGGGAGGUUGGACCAGGUAACUUCUAAAGGGCCCUUCCAACUCAAUCCAUUCCCUGAUUCUGCAUGGGAGCAGUUGGGGCAGAGGUGAAGUAAGUUCACUUGCACGCGCUGCAGAUCAGCAGCAGAGUCAGGAGCAGACCCCCGGAGUUUGGAUUGUGAGAUCUUGGAUUUAAUCUCCAGAACCCCCUUUCUUUUCUUAGAGCAAGGAAAGCAGAAACCAGGAUUGCCACAGCCCUUUCUCCAGCUCUUACUGGCUGGGCUUCAAGCUCCCAUUUUCUCCUUUGUAGAUAUGAGUCUGUUCUCACAGCCAGGAUGAAGCUGCUUGGGAAUAAUGUAGGAACAAGUAGCCCCUCUCUGUAUCUUGUUGUUAAGCAAUACAAAAUCCAAUAAGAAACUCAGCUCUUUUUCUGAUGCCAGGUCUUUGUCUCACUAUCACUUUCAAAUUAAGUUGAGCACAACAAUGGCAAACUUCUGUAUUCAGGUGGGCUGGAAGUUUAUUUCCAUUGGGUUGGAAAUACUGCUUUGGUAAAGCAAAUAAGGCCAGCAAAAAAAAAAGCAUCCUGGAGGCAGAGGCUGCUUGUGUGUGUAAACAGUGUACACAGCUUUCCUCUCUCGGGUACCAUCAGCCCUGCUCCUUUCUCCCUGACCAGCAGACUUCUUGAUCUAGGCUUCCCAGUGAGCGUGAAACCAGAGGAGCAAUGUGGAGAUCUUUUGGAAGGAAGCAAGGCUCCCAGAUGAGCAGGGGUCAUGCAGGCCCAUCUCAGUGUCCCUUGGGCACUGCUGCCUGGGAAGCUCUCCUUGACACCAGUCCUAGAGGAAAAAGCUGGUAAGCUAUAAGGAAAGAGGGAGGAAUGUCUGAAAGAGAAAAUUGAAAUGUUAAUCUAAGAAAAAGCACUGGGAAGGAAGGAAAACUUGAUACAAUGAAUGCUUGGGUCAUGUAUUAUUUUAGAUUAGCCCUGCCAUAGAAAGAUCCCAUGCACCCUAUGAAAUCCAUUACCUAUAAGCCAGUGAACAUUUGCACAGCACAUGAUGCAAGGAUCAGAGCUGCAGCCAAGUUCCCCUGUAUGAUAUCCACCCCAGGCCCAACUGGUCCAUUUCCAGUGUCAACAACCAGAGGAUUAAGCAUUUAUCUCUGCAGAACAGCGGAUAAUUAUUAGCAGAUCAAAUAGAGGCUAUGGUCUAGAGAACUUUCCUGUGACUGGUGGUGACCUAGCGUGGCUUUAUUGCCUGCAGGUGAGCUGUGUGGAAUGGGACGUGGGUUUUCCUAUGGUACAUGGUGCAGGCAUUGCCUCACUGGUGUGCGCCUUAUAGCAGAGACCAGCUCCAGGGCUUUGUGCUGGGAUGAUACUGGGCUUCCCAGGUGAAGGUGAGGUGUGUUGUGGCCGCAGGCAGUGGCAGUGAGAACCCAUCCCGUGACCUUCCCUUCCAGCCAAACCCUGGAAGAAGGGAAUCGGGACGCUGUGAUUCUCCAUCUUCUGGAUUUAAAUGUAAAAUUCAGGUUUGGGCACUUCUGGCUUUCUUGAAAUAAAUUAAUACCAUUUUCCUGGCUGCCGUCCAGUUCAGGUAAUUAUAUUCUUCCUACCUUAAUGCCACUCCAGCCCCCUGUCUCCACCGGAUAUGCUGUACUUUAAUUCCUGUCUGGAGCUUGCUUAUUAUGUUACAGUUCUUUUCUGAGUAUGACUUGUGCACAGAGGGCUGGGCAGCCCAAGCUGUUCGAAUAGUGAAAUAGUCGAGAGAAGCAGCCUUAGACAUUUGUCAGUGACUGGUGUUGUCCUAGAGCAUCUCCCCUAAUGUGUGAGGCUGCUGAGCUGGGAAAGUGGAUGGCAGAAGUGAUCCCUGUCCUGUUUAGGCUGCUUGAAGCCUACCUCUGCUUGCACAGAGUCCUGAGGGUGGUGUGGGUGGCAAUGAGGGAAAGCCAGGACUCCAUCAUGGUUCUUCUACCACCCUGUGCUGCCCGGUCUUCAAAGCUGAUAAAGACUGGAGUGUGUCCUUACAUACAGGUGUGGAAGAGACCUCCUGCCAUCAAGGGGAGCACUGGCAGCAUGCUGAUGGGGAUGGGCCCUGACCUCCUUGCAGUCCUGUCUUGAUCUGUGCUUUGCAUCCAGCCUAGAGAAACCCUGCUAGCUAAGCAGUACUGCAAGCUGUCUUCAGUGCCUCAUUUCCCUUUUGGAGUGCAGCUUGCUUCUCCCUGUAAGUGGCUCGUUGGUCUUUGUCUCUCCUAAAUGAUGCAUUGGGAUUGGAUGUUUUUUUUCCCUUGGCAAAGUGUUUAAAGCUGCCUUUUUUCCUUCCCCUUCCAAGGAGGCUCUUGGCAUCUCCUGGCCUUACUGAGCUGCUGAAAAGGUUGCUGCAACUUUGCUGAAAGGUUUCUUGAGGAGAGCAUCCCCCAAUGCUCCUGCUUCCUUCCUGCCCCCAGGGCUCCUUCACAGCCCCAAAGACCAGGGGGGGCUUGAGGGCCAUCCUGAGGGAGGGCCAGCGGGGGUGAGGAUCAAAGACCACAAACCACUGUUUAAAAAAAUAUAAUACCCACAGCUCCUCUGGAGUCCUGCAUCUGGCAGAGCCUCAUUAACCUUCUGUUUUCCCCCUCCUACUCCUUUGCCCCUGAAAAUCAACAAAGCCAAACAUAACAAGUUGCCUUGAUUGAAGGAGGGUGAAGUGUGUGUGCUUAGUGUGAAAAAGCACAAGCGAAGCCAUUGGCUGAAGCCCCUUUUCCAUGCAGGCCACUUCACUUUUAUUACGCUGGAAGAUGGAGCUCUUUGAGUUGUGAUGCUCUUUAUAGCUGAGCUCUUUAACUUUCUCCUUUCCUCCCCUUGCAGCCUUCAUUCUCCCCUUGUUUGGCUCCUUCCGCUCCACUCCUUUCUUUUUUUGUCCUGUGAGAACGAGUCUUUUAAUCCCCUUGUACUGCAGAUUAAAGCUAUUGCGGCCUCCCCAGCCUGACAUUUUCUCAGCACAGCUCGCAGCCAGGUCUUUAUGAGCGUUCUGUCUGCUGCUGCCUUUCUUCUCGGUGCACUAAACCCCCAUCCCUGACCUUUCCCUGCAGAAGGAAGGGCUGCGCUGUGCAAUCCCAUAUAGGCAGAGCAGUCUCAGCAGGGCUCGGGCUGCGGGAAAUUAAAACCUGUGGAAAUUAAUGAGUAAAUAAGGAGAGAAAGAGAAGAUGAUGGGAAUUAAGAGACAGAACCAAAGCAGAAUUCAGCAUGUUUGGGAACUGCAUGCGGGACUUGGGUCUGAGUUCUGCAUCUGGCUGCGUCUUUACAAGGAGGCAAAGCAUGAGCUUUGGCCUGCUUUUAGCAAGGCAGUGGGGUUACCUGAGACAUGAGUUGUAGUCACCGCAUGCCUUACACUGGAGCUGAGGAUAAUGGAUGCUGGCACAUGGAGGUGCACAGAUUAGGGCUUAGUGUGCGAGCUUCCAGGGACAGGGAUUCUGUAGUACUUGUCACCAGUUGUUUCAGUGUGGAUGUUAAGAAAAGUUUCAUCUCCAAAAGAGUGGUGCUGCAAUGGCACAGCUGCCCAGGGGGUGAGGGGUCACCGUCCCUGGGUGUGCUCUGGAACUGUGGGCACGUGGCAUUGAGGGAUGUGGGGAUGGGAGGGUUGGGGAUCUGAAAGGUGUUUCCCAACCUGAGUGAUUCUGUGGUAGGAGAGGGAUCUGUUGUUACGCGCACAGUGGAGGUGGUGGUUUGAUGGCUCCUUCUCUCAGAUCUCCUGCAUUAGCUUCCUUGUGCUACCUGUGCAAGAGAGUACAGAAGACCAACUUUCCAUCCUGCGAGGCUUUACUCGCAUCCAUGUCUGUGGGUUAUUUCACGUCCCUUUCAAAACGAAGAACAGAGUUUGUUUCUCUUAGCGAGCAACUUGAGGGCACAGCCUUCGUGCAGAAGGCUGGAAGGUGUUGAAGGGGCUGAUUCAGCACCUCCUGCUUUUGCUAAAGCACACAGAGCACGCAGCGCUUCCCAUCGCGUACCGCAGCAACGGUGGGGGCUCCUGGGGCAGGCAGCAAAAUUGCUUUCUGAGUGAGAAUAAAAGAAGUGCAACUGUCCCCUUUUUGGGAACUGGUUUCGGGGCAGAAGUUCCCCCGGCAGCUCAGCGUGCCCUAAUGAAAUGGAAGCAGGAGCUGGCCCCCAGAGGGGCCCUACGUGUGAACCGCUGCCAUGUCGAAUCCACACCAAUCCCUCCGCCGGGAGCCCCUGCCCUGUAAUUACUGCUUUUCUCUUUGUGUGGGCCACCCCCCCCCUCCUCCAUCCCCUCUCUCCCUCCCCGUGCGCGCCCCAUAAGAGGAUAUUUGUAAUGAAAAUCGCUCGGCAGAAGCGGAGAACAAAAGCGGAGGCGAGAGGAGCUGGGCUCCCACCUCCGGCCGCGGGGUGGGCGCAGGGGCCGGGAGCCGCUUAUUAACCUUAAUCUGCAGAAAGGGGCCGGAGCCGCGGUGUGCGCGGUUUCAUAGCUACAGCAGCUCGCUCCCAGGCGUGCAGCCUUAUGAAGGGGAGAUCUCCCGGCAACGCGCCCGGCCGGGGCUCUAAUGCGUUUUGCACCGUGCCGUCUAAUCUGGGUUGGAAACGUCACCGGGAUCCGGCCCCAGGCUGGCAGAUCCCAGCCACGGCCGCGCUCGUAAGCACAUAUCCAGCUCCAGCCUUCUGGUUGCUGGGGUGAAAGGGCCUCUUCAUCUCCACAGGGAGAGGCAGAUGAAUCCUGGGCUCGAACAAGGGACCUGCUUUUUUUUUUUUCCCCCCCACCUCUGGCUCAAGGGCCCUUUAUUAUGUCUUUUAAUUCUCAACUGCGAGUGGGAGGGAGCAAUAAGACCAGAGAAAUGGGGGGCAAAAAGCCCCUCGCAGUGGGGAAAGGCCUCAGCCGCCGGUGUGUGAAAUGGGAUGGCAGCACGGGGAUUAGAGAUGUCAGCUCGUGGGAAGCGCUUGAUAUUUAAUAGCUUUGCUUGCUGGCUGCGAGAUGAUGAUGGGCCCGAGGGAGCACAAUGUGGAAUGGGGAGAAGAAGCCACAGGAGUUGAGCUUGUGUCACUUAACAUCAAAUUAUGGUCCCGGUGGCUCAUCUUGUCCGUAUCUGGUUGGCAUGGGAUGUUCUCGGCACAGCGAACCAAGCAGGGCUUCUUCCCAAAGGGCAGACAGUGCCUGGGCCAUGUCCCCUUUCUGAUGGAUGCAACUUGUUCGUGGCAACCACAGGCACUGAGCAUGCUGCUGAAUGGGGUGUCUGCAGCACGUUGGGUAUUAGGAAAAGUUUCUUCUCUGAAAGAGCAGUGCUGCAUUGGCACAGCUGCCCAGGGAGGGGGUCACCAUCCCUGGGGGUGUUCCAGAGCCAUGGGGAUGUGGCACCGAGGGACGUGGGCAGUGGGCACGGUGGGGUGGGGUUGGGUUGGAGGUCUGAGAGGCCUUUUCUGGCCUCACGAUUCUGUGAUUCUGUAUUCUGUUUUGCUCAUAUUUAUGGCUGCUGAGGGAACCGAGUCCUUUCGAGGCUCUAGCACUCUGUAGUCUCAUCUCUGAUGCUAUCUUCUGCACGCAGUCGGGGCCAUGCGAGGAAUUCUUCGCGCAAAGAGCGCGUGCUCCUGCGCCCAUCAACAUUUUUGUGCGAUUACACCAACAAAAAUUGCUGGAUUCCUCCCUCUCCUCCUGAACACGUGUCGCACACAGCGCGCUGCGUUUCUCGCCCAGCUCACCUCCUCUGCCCCACGGCUGUGGCCUCAAAGGGGAAGCUGCCCCUCAUGGAGAAGGGCUAUUGGAACGACAGAGCGGUUCUGGUAGGAUGGAGAUGGCUUCUUGUUGCUUCCUUUGUAACGAGUGAUGAAGACCAAGUGACCUGAGCCUUCCCAUCGUGAUUGAUUGGUAAAGAGCCUUCCCAGCACUGCACUUCAUCACCGCAUCAAAAGGCAAUGUGCCCUUAACGAACCUGCUCUGCUCUGGGCUCCGUCAAGCUGUGUUAAGCUUUUGUUUUGCUUUUGUCCGUGCGAGUGAAUUCUAAUAAACUAGCACAUGGCUGUUGGUUCCAGGACAAAGCACAAACACA